CAUUCUCUUCUUAAAUAAUUAUGUUAUUUAUUUUUAUUUUGCUGUAGGUAUAAUUUGCAUUGGAAGAUAUUACACAAGAUAAUUAUGGGACUACUUUCUUUUAUUUGGAUUUCAAUCUUGAUGCUCCUAUGCAAUGGAGAAAACAAUGAAGGCGCCGUCAAGAUAAGCCUGAAAAGAAUCAAGACAAGCUUGGUAAAUGUUCAGCGUAACGUGACCCUAUUUAAAACAGGAGAAAACCGCAUUGUACUUAAAAACCUUGGUGAUGUAAUUUACUAUGCGGAAAUUGGCAUCGGUACACCUACGCAAAACUUUCCAGUUAUGUUUGAUACCGGAAGCGCAGAUUUAUGGGUACGCAGUAAAGAUUGGCCUGACAGGACAGAAGCGGAACAUAAACUUCCAAAAUAUAAUUCUACCGAAUCAUCAUCUUAUUCAGAGAACGGUGAACCCGCAGAAAUUAUCUAUGCUGGAUGUGCUAUUGAGGGUUUCCUUAGUACUGAUGACGUAACAGUUGGUCAUAUGAUAGUGAAUAAACAAGAUUUCAUAGAGGCUACCGGGGAAGUAGAAGAAAAAACUUACUUUCAGUUUACUGUUUAUGAUGGUGUAGUCGGGUUGGCAUUCCAAGAGUGUUCUGUGAGGAAUACAGUCCCCGUUUGGUACAACAUGAUCAAUCAACAUCUAGUCCAUCAAGAAGUUUUCUCACUAUGGUUGAAAUACUACAAUGAACAAGACGAAGAAGGCGGAGCCAUAGUUUUUGGUGGUAUAGACAAUGCACAUUUCCGAGGUGCACACACAUAUGUUCCUAUCAUAGAAGAGUAUUACUGGGAAUUUAAGAUGAAUGAGAUACUCAUUGGAGGACAAGGAACUGGACAUUGCGUUGAUGGCUGCUCUGUCAUGAUAGACUCAGGCGAAUCUUACCUUAUAGGUCCAUCGUCAAUUAUUGAGAAUAUAAAUAUAGCUCUUGGGGCGGAUGAAGUUGCAAACGUUGACUGCUCUAGGGUUCCUUUGAUGCCAACAGUUUCAUUCACGAUUGGUGAAAGAGUCUUUUCUCUCUCCACGAGAGAUUAUAUACUGGUGCAUGGUAUUGGUGAAAUAGCUACGUGCGCAACCAAAUUCAGGAUCAUUCAUGACGAUGAUGAUUAUCAUAAUGAUGAUCUCUGGAUUUUGGGAGGAGUCUUCAUGAGACCUUACCAUACAGUUUUCGAUUUCGGGAAUAGGAGAAUUGGGUUUGCUGAAGCGGUUCAGGAACCAAUUUGGGAUAGUAGUAUUAAGCAUUAAACCUUUCCGUUUAUAAUUUUCAGUUUCGUAUUGUACGUUUGAAGAAUAAUAUAAUGCUUGUUGA